GUGCGCGUAUUCGGUGAGCCACCUCCAACUGUUUAUUGGAAGUACAACGACGAGCCUUUGCAUGCAACACCGGAAACGCGCGUUGAGGAGGAAAUCAGCAGAUGGCACCGGGUUUUGAUUGAGAAUACUCGCCCCGAGCAUUCCGGAAUGUACACUGUUAUUGCUGAGAACGAAGCAGGUGAAGCGCGAUCCGGCGCAACACUGAACGUCGAAUCUCGUCGCACACCUAUGGAACAAAAAGGAAGAACAGUUGUUCAGUCAAGGGUGGGCAUUGAAAUAAAAUUUUUUGAGUGUUUCCCAAUGUAA